CAAUUCAUUUUGAAGGCACAGUUUACCUCACAUUGUAAAUAACUAUCUAAAUGUCCUUAACUCAUAAAUUUCAUGUCUCUAUUCAUCAUGUCUUUGUUCACCAUGCUGUUCUAUAGGAACAUCAGUAUGAGACAGUAUCUAGUUUUUUAUGCGAAGGAUUUGGAAACAUCCCUAGCGCUGGUGAGAGCAUCAAAGUUGUCCUCAAAAGGGAUAAUCAAGACGAUGAUGAUGAUAAGCAUGAUGAAGAUGGAUCCAAUCAUCAAGAUGUGAAGGCAUCAAAUAUAUAGACUUGAGGUAGGGUAAAAGCACCGAAUGGAUUUCAGUGAAAAAAAACUAGGAAAGAAAAAGCAUGUAGCUAGCAAUUCAACACCUUUAGUAACAAUUCCUAUGAAAGAAACUUUGGAUUGUCUGGAUUUCCACUGUCGAAAUCUUGUGAUGGAAAUGGGACAAAGGAACCACCACCAGGCUCCUUCCACAAAAAUGAUGAGUUGUGGGGAUUUGGCUGGAGGGUUGUCUUCUUAGGCCAUGGUUGUGGAUUGGUAUUUGGACUAUUGAUGGGUUAUCUUGCCUUUCGAACUGGAAAACCGAAAUGGUUUGUGACUUUGUUUGAUGGACAACCAAAUCAAAAUGGAAGGAAGAUGAAGAAAGCCAGAAGACAUGUUCAAAGAAGAAACCAAUUGCAGAGUUGAUGUUUUAGACCUUCUAAAUUAGUAUCUCCUAAAAAAAUAUUACUCUUUUGAUUCAACGUUUUGGUUUUGGAUGCCUUUUAUCUCUUGUUGUAGUAUCUCUGAUUUCUCAUAAAAUCAACGAGUUCUCUCUUUUUGCUUUUGUAAUUCUGUCUCAAUUCUUAAGCCAUAUGGUAGAAAAUGAGAGUACAUUUUGUUGUCUUUUUGGCAGUAAAAAGAAUUUGCUGUG